AUGAGCGACAUAGCAAGUGACAGGGCUUCCGAGCUGGGGUGCGACUUCUCAGAUCCUAGUUCACAGCUCAUCCGAGAGUUGCACGAAUCUCAAGUCGGUGUAAUCCGGAAGGGAAUCAAAGCGUGGCAGAAAAUAACCCUACACAGGUCGCCUAGCUACCUGAGUGAUUGGGAUGGUAAGAGCGCAUUUCGCGAACUCUAUCAGAACUGGAAGGAUGCCAUCAUGGAGACACACAGACUACACAGGAAAGAAUUCAGACCGAUACUCAGAGACGAAGGGCACCGCAUCAUGAUCCUCGUUCCGAGGCCAUCGCCUGACGAGCAGUCUUCCGAAGCUCUGGGGUUUAUCAAAUAUCAGAAGAGUAACGGCAGUAUCACUUUAGUCAAUUCCAAUUCGUCUCUGCCGAUCGAGGCAUUGGGAAUCGGAUGGUCUUCCAAGAAGGGGCCUGAUUCGAUCGGACGCCACGGCGAGGGCCUGAAGUUGGCUGCCAUGGUCCUCAUUCGAGAGGGCUACCAGGUCCGCAUGGCAGCUAGCCGGACCAACUGGACAUUUUCAUGGGACCAAACUGCAUCUCAAGUGAGCUGUUCCUUGCGUCCUUCUUUGCAGAAGGAGGCUCCAGAUGGUGCAGAUGCCGCAAUCCACAUGGAUCGGCUGCGUGCUCGUAUUGACAGGGAUGUCUCUGUGACCAUCGCUAGUAGUCAAGAUCAGUUACCAGCGGAGACAUUCCUCAAUUGGUUAUCAGUCACCAUGGAUAUUCGCGGACUGAACUACCCAGUCACUGUUGCCACCACCGACUACGGCGACCUCAGCUACAACUUUGCACACGGUAUGUUGACGCGUGACAGACUGUGGGUGGCCAACCAGCAGAGUGAGGCUAACUUGGUUCGGAAGAUUUGGGAGUGUGCACUAACUCAACAUGGUAAGGAGCUGCUGCCGAUUUACGUUAGCCUCCUUCGACAUUUCCCAAAUUCUGCCGAUGUAGCAUUGGCAGACCGCCUCCUGGAGGCGUCGACCAGGCAUCUGAUCUGGCAGCACCUUCUGCGAAAUUCAAAUAACCGCGAAUUUUUCUAUGAUGGGAGGCUGUCGUCACAGACCGCAGAAAUGAUUCGGAAGCACACAGGCAAGCAGUCGGUGGCGCUACCUCCGCCGCUCUGGGAAAUGCUUCGAUCGAGCACGUCCAUCCGAACUUUUGAAGAGGAACAGACGAAGCGAUUUAAGGAUGCACCUCUUGCCGAGCAUCCGACAACCACCUUUGGCCAGACUGUUGCGAGAGCGGUGAGAGCGUGCAUGGCUCUUUUGAGUGCCACACAGAAUAUCGAGGAUAACAUACUGAAGAUCCGUGGCCUGUGGCUUGACUUCCAGAGUGUGCACGGUGGGGGCUCAUGCUGUUAUGAGUUGGAUGCGGGUAUGGUAGGCCCAGACGUGGCCUUUUUCUGUGAUCACACCAUCGAAGAAUUGAUGCUUCGGGCUGUAGAUUCUGUUUUCCAGAGUUCUCCUCCUUUGGCGGCCACCAAAAGACGAUAUUUAGGCCAUAUCAGGCGUAUCUUGAGGUUCAUGCCGCAGAGGAUCGAAUCCUCAUAUCAGCACUACGGCUUGGUGUUCACCUGGGAGAACCACAGGAUCCGCUCAGUGCAAAUGGACCAUGAUACUGCAGCGCAAUACCACGUUGUCCUCCACGAAGAAAAACGUAUUGCGGAGCAUUCCUACAAAUUACUCCAUACCAAAAUUACGGAUGCCAGCGAGCCUUCACCAUGCGGAUGUGCCCAAGGAUUAGUUUCAGAGCCAGAUAUGCUCUGUGCGUUCCAGCGUUUGGAUAGAGCGAAGCCAUAUUUUGCCAUGAUUGCGUUGAACGAAGACUCGUCAUGCUGA